AUGUCUCUUUUCUUCAGGAGAACCAUGGCCUCAGCGGCUUCACUGAAACAGGCCAGUAAGGUCGUCUGCGUCGGCCGUAACUAUGGCGAUCACAUCAAGGAGCUGAACAAUGCACGGCCUAGGCAGCCCUUCUUCUUCCUCAAACCCCCUUCCUCCAUCCUCCUCCCCGGUGCCGGGCCGGUGCUGAGGCCCAAGGGCGUUGAUAUGCAUUUCGAGAUUGAGCUGGCUGCCAUUAUUGGCAAGCAAGUCCGCAACCUCGACCCCAACGAUGAAAAGGGUGCCCUCGAUGCCAUUAAAGGCUAUGCCAUGGCCAUCGACCUGACAGCCCGCAACGUCCAAAACGAGGCCAAGAAGAAGGGUCUCCCCUGGGACAUCGCCAAGGGCUUCGACACGUUCCUGCCCAUGAGCGACUUCAUCCCGAAGAACGCCAUCGCCAACCCGCACGACGUGGAGGUGUUCCUGAAGGUCAACGGCGAGACCAAGCAAGACGCCUCCACCAACCUGAUGCUCUUCCAGAUCCCGCGCCUGUUCAGCGACAUCUCGCGCGUCAUGACCCUCGAGGAGGGCGAUAUCGUCCUCACGGGCACGCCGGCCGGCGUGGGCCCCGCGGUUCCCGGCGACACCAUCAGCGCCGGCAUUCGCGUCGGGGGUAAGGAGCUUCCCGAGGGCAGGAUUGAACUGGUCGUGGAGGAGUCGCCCAGCUCUUACGUCUUUGGCGAGACUUGA